AUGAGUUCUGACGAUAAAUCAGAGAAGACGGGCAUUUCGCCUGUCGAAGCGGAUAACAAGGUCGAAAGGAUCAAGACUGAAGAUGGAAUGGACGAAAAGGUCGCUGCGGAAAACCGUGAUUAUGCCGGUGCCGUUACCAAGUUAUCCCCUGAGGAAGUCAGACUUGUUCGAAAGCUGGACUGGCGUAUUAUGCCGACGUUGGUUAUCAUGUAUUUCCUCAACUAUAUCGAUAGAAAUACUCUCGCACAGGCCCGCCUGAACAACCUGGAGGAAGAACUUGGCAUGCACGGCACUCAGUUUAACACUACGAUUUCCAUUUUAUUUGUCGGCUAUGUUCUCACGCAAAUUCCGAGUAACAUGCUUAUCACCAGAGUGCCGCCGAGUAUAUAUAUGAGUGCCUGGAUGGUAGUUUGGUCAGCGGUUUCGGCUUGCACGGCAUUGGUUCAGUCAUACUCUGGGAUGGUGGUAUGCCGCUUCCUUCUUGGGGUCACAGAAGCUCCUUUUUACCCUGGAGCAACGUAUAUAUUGUCCAUCUUCUAUACUAGAAGAGAAGUUGCUGCUCGAAUCGCCAUGCUGUACGCUGCACAGAUUUUGGCAACUGGGUUCGCUGGAUUGAUUGCUGCAGGGGUCUUCUCUGGCCUUGAUCAAGCAAGGGGAUUGUCAGGAUGGCGAUGGCUUUUUAUCAUUGAAGGCUCCGUCUCAGCUGCUGUUGCCAUUGCUGGCUUCUGGCUCCUCCCGAACACACCUUUGACUACUCGCUGGCUGGAUCCCGCGGAGCGUGAACUCGCACAUGGGAGAAUCCAGAGAGAUAAGAUGGGAGAACCGGAGAAAGCAUCGACUAUGGAAGGCCUCAAGCAAGCAGUCAGGGACCCGAGAACAUGGAUUUUCUGUCUGAUGCAGAACUUUCAUCUGUCUGCCUGUGGAUUUAAUAGUUUCUUUCCGACAGUCGUCAAGACACUUGGCUUCAGUACAACCGUCACUUUGGUAUUGACAUGCCCUCCUUUCCUCUUCGCCGGAGCUGCGGGUAUACUCUUUGGAUACACAUCCGGGCGUUUCCACGAGCGUACCUGGCAUAUCACCGUGGGUCUUACAACUGCUAUCGUCGGGUUUGUGAUUGCUGCUUCGACUCUCAACACUGCAGGCCGCUAUGUUGCAUGCUUCAUCUUCCCCAUCGGCGCUUAUUCAGUGAACUCAGUCAUCAUUGGUUGGGCUUCGUCAACUCUAUCUCAGACUCGCGAGAAACAAGCUGUCGUCCUUGCCAUGACGAAUGUUGGGGGACAGAUAGGGUAUAUAUACGGAGCGUAUGUCUGGCCCAAAUCCGACUCGCCCAGAUACGGCAUCGGCUUUGGCUGCUCUGCCGGCUUUGCCCUCUUCUCCAUCUUCUGCGCCUGGUGGAUGAGAUAUCUGCUGAAGAAGGAGAACAAACGGCUGCGGGAGAAUGCCACACCCACCAACCUGUAUGGGUACUAA